AUGACUCGGCCACCCCCCUACCUCGUCAUCCUCACCUUCGCCGCCGCCUUCGCGUGUUAUCUCGACCGCGUGGGCUUUCCCAUCGUCUACACCGCCCUCGCGCGCGACGCUUGGAUCCCUAAAACUAUCCAAGGGUCGGUGCACUCAGCGUUUUAUAAUGGCUACGCCGCAACGCAGGUCCCGGGCGGAGCCCUUGCGACGAAAUACGGCGGCGAUCGCGUGCUCAAAAUAGCGUUCGCGUUCUGGGGUGUGUUCAGCGCGCUCACGCCGAGCGACGGAGGGAAGACGUGGGCGAUGUGGACGUGUCGGUUCGCGGUCGGGUGCGCGAUGGGGACGGUGUUUCCGUCGAUGCACUCAAUGCUAGCGAGAGCGGUUCCGUUGGAGGAAAGGAACCGAGCUGUGAGCUUUAUGACGAGCGGAAUGUACUUUGGGAGCGCGUUCGCGAUGGUGGUGGUGCCGAUGGCGAUGGAAAUCGGCGGCGCGCGUUUGGCGACGACGGCGACCGGGUGCGCGGCGUUCGUGUGGCUAUUGGUUUGGAACGCGGUAAACGAGGACGGGAAGCUGACGAGGGCUGUAGCAGUGGAGGAGGGGGUACUCCCUGGGGCGACCGGGGUGCGACGGGCGCGGGGGACGCCGUGGGGUAAUUUAAUGUCCUCGCCGGCGGUGUUGGUGAUUAUGCUUAACAACUUUACGUUUCACUAUGCCUUCUUCAUAUUGAUGUCGUGGAUGCCAACCUUUUACGAACAAAAACUUGGUUUAGACGCCGGUUCGUACACGUUGCUGAAAAUGAUCCCGUACCUGGUCAUGGGCACGUGCUCGAACCUGGGUGGGAUUUUGGCGGAUAAGUUCAUGGGAUCGAAGCAGUACUCGAGGACGUACGUUCGAAAAGCUCUCAACGGCGUCGGUUUCACCGUCGGCGCGAUCGCACUCUGGGUGCUACCAAAGUGUUCGAACAUCUUGUCCGCCGCGCUCGUGAGCUCCUUCGCUCUCGGCGCGCUCGCGAUUUCGCGCGCCGGAUACGCUGUGAACCACAUGGACAUCGCCCCGCGUCUCGCCGGCGUGCUCAUGGGCAUGAGCAACGGUUGCGGUGCCAUGGCAGGGAUGAUCGGCCCUUGGCUCACCGGCUUAAUGCUCGACACCGCGCCAAGUCCUUGGGAGGCCGCGUUCAGGACGCCCGCGUACUUUUGCGUUGGCGGCGCGCUCCUGUACGCGCGUUACGCCACCGCGGAGCAACUUUUCGACUGA